AUGCCCAUCAUCAACGGCCAGAAGAUGGCCUGUGCGCCAUGUAUUCGCGGCCAUCGUUCUACAAAAUGCACUCAUGCCACCGAGCGCGUUAUGGUGCCCGUUAGGAAACCAGGACGGCCCCUGAGCCUUUGCGCUUGUCCAAAUCGGCCUCCAAGCUGCUCUUGCGGAGGUGGAGGCGUGAAGGUAGCGAUUCCUCGAAAGCAAACGUGCGGAUGUGGUUCUGUUCACGGUAGUUCCACAGAAGACCAUUCGCCUACGGCCGCUGCCCAAGGCAUCCCGGCGCCUCGCCUUCAUGCCUCUUCAUCAACCCCGGCGCGACCUGGUUUAAGAGUGAGCAAAUCGGGCUCCAUAUCGAAGCCACAUUCCCGACAUCAUUUGCCGACGUUUGACCUAGACAUAACGAAACUCGGCGUGGCCGCACAGCACAAUGCCGCCUUGGGUCCGAAUAUGGCGGGGAGCUGUUGUGGUGGUAGUCGUGAAUUACGAGGAUCUCAACUGCGUGUUAAUGGCUCUGUCGCUAUGCCUCAGUCGGGUUACGGACAGUCUUCCGCAAACCCUAUGCAGUUCAACGCUCAACCUCCUUUACAGCUUAAGGAGCAGCAACAACCCUUAACGCCCACAGUUAUGCCCUUUGGUUACCAGACCGUCUUUCGGUACCCAGAGGAGUACGGUUCCUGGAACCACCCUCUUGACCCCCAAACCUACCAACAAAUGAUCCACCAAGGGGCCGCUGCCGCACAAGCAGCCCAGCAAGGAGCCGACCUCAGCCUUGGUCUAUUCCUGUCUGGCGGGGGAGGUGAUGGCACUGGCACAAGUCACGAAUGCACUUGCGGUCCUGGCUGUCAAUGCAUCGGAUGUGUCGCACAUCCUUACAACAGUCAAACCAUUCAGUAUGUCCAGGAUGCUUAUAACUUCAACAUUGCUAGUCCCAUCGGCAGUUCCGCUGGUAACAGCCAUCACAGCAGUCUCGACUUUGCUGCUACUGUUGGGGUUCAGCAGCAGCAACAGCAACAAUACCAAAUCCGCAGCCCUAUUCGUGGUUCUCGAACCGGCCAACAGCAGCAAUCUCAGCAGCAACUGCCGCCCGACUCGCCAGUCGAGGCCCAGACGCCCAGCGACGCAUCAGGUACCCCUAGCGAAGAACAGUACCUCUCCACGGCAGACUUUCUGUGGGCUACCAUCCCACUACCUAACUGUGCCGGCGAGUCUCUAUCUUGUCCGUGUGGAGAUGAUUGCGCCUGUAUCGGAUGCGUCAUUCACGGGAAGGCGGCGCCAUCUUUGGUUGGCGGUGGAGAGGGGUUGGAGCAACAACAGGUGUGUGACGUAGGUCAACAUCAGCAGGUUCCAAGCCAGGGCCACGAGGCUUUGAUGCCCAUGUCGGAUGGAUUACCACAGGGAAUGAUGUCUAAUGACCCUCUGGGUGUGAUUCCCCUCACACAGCGGAUAGGAAUGGGAGACAUGAGUGGCUUGAGCGCUCUUAACGGUGGGGGUAUGAGCAGUGAUAUGAACAACGCGGUGUCUAGUCCCCGCACGCUCCAUGUGCCCUUUGGUAUCGACGGUAUCCUCAGGGCUACUGCCAGUGGCGGCGGUGAUGGUGGUAGCGGGAGUUGUUGCGGAGGCAGGGGAGCUGGUGGUGGUGGUGGUGGCGGCAGAAGCACAGAGGUGUCCGUCCCUUAG